UCUUCAACCUCAUCACAUUCAUUCAGUCUCUAUUAACAACAAUGGCGUCCUCCUCUCCGGUGAUCCUCUCUGUCCUUGUCCUCUUCAUCUUCUCCCUCUCAUCCUCCUCUGCUCAAACAUCAUUCCGACCUAAAGCUCUCAUCCUCCCAGUCACAAAAGAUCCAUCUUCCCUACAAUACACAACCGUCCUCAACCAACGCACACCUCUCGUCCCCGCUUCCGUCGUCUUCGACCUCGGUGGUCGAGAUCUCUGGGUCGACUGUGACAGAGGCUACGUCUCUUCCACUUACCAGUCCCCUCGCUGCAACUCCGCCGUCUGUACUCGCGCCGGCUCCACCAGCUGCGGCCAAUGCUUCUCCCCUCCCAGACCUGGCUGUAGUAACAACACUUGCGGCGCUACUCCAGAUAACACCGUCACCGGAACCGCAACUUCCGGAGAGCUUGCUUUAGACGUCGUCUCGAUCCAGUCCACCGACGGAUCUAAUCCGGGUCCGGUCGUUAAAAUCCCCAAUCUAAUCUUCGUUUGUGGUUCAACCUUUCUUCUUAAUGGACUCGCUAAAGGAACCGUUGGCAUGGCCGGAAUGGGACGUCACAACAUCGGCUUACCCUCGCAAUUCGCCGCGGCGUUUAGCUUCAACCGCAAAUUCGCCGUGUGUCUUACUUCCGGUAGAGGCGUCGCCUUCUUCGGCAACGGGCCUUACGUUUUCCUCCCCGGAAUCCCCAUUUCAGGGCUCCAAACGACGCCGCUUCUCAUCAGUCCGGUGAGCACUGCUUCUGCGUUUUCACAAGGUGAAAAAUCCUCGGAGUACUUCAUCGGCGUGACGGCGAUUAAAAUCGUCGAGAACACAGUUCCGAUCAAUCCAAGGCUUUUGAAGAUUAACAGUACCGGAUUCGGAGGAACCAAGAUCAGCACUGUGAACCCUUAUACUGUGAUGGAGUCAUCGAUCUAUAAAGCUUUUACGUCGGAGUUCGUGAGACAAGCAGCGGCAAGGAACAUCACUAGAGUAGCGUCCGUGAAACCGUUUGGCGCGUGUUUCAGCACGCAGAACAUCGGCGUCACGCGCGUGGGAUACGCCGUGCCGGAGAUACAGCUCGUGCUUCACAGCAAGGACGUCGUUUGGAGGAUCUUUGGAGCUAACUCGAUGGUGAGUGUCAGAGAUGACGUCAUCUGCUUGGGUUUCGUUGACGGAGGAGUCAACGCGAGAACCUCUGUGGUGAUCGGAGGGUUUCAGUUGGAGGACAAUCUGGUUGAAUUUGAUUUAGCCAGUAACAGAUUCGGGUUCAGUUCUACUCUACUGGGACGUCGCACUAACUGCGCCAACUUCAAUUUCACUUCCACUGCUUAGAUUACAUUUAGUUAAAUCAAUUUCCUUAAAAAUAAAUGUGUUUCAGUUUAUUAAUUAUGUCACGUUUGAUGUUAUCAAUAAGGAGCCAAAUGCCAAAGGAAUAUGUUCUUGUCAUUUUUUAUCACCUGAUCUGAAUGUGUAAUGAGUUAUUUGAUAUCAAAUUUCAAGUUGCAGAUA